UCCUGAAAAUGGCAAUAUUAUCUCAAACUUAACAAUAGUCAUUUUUCACGUUUAAAUAUUUAAUGUUAUUAAUCAAAAUUCACUACGUUUCCCAGCUUUCAACAGACUUCCCUGUUGUCCUCACUUUCCCAGAAUUCAACAGCAUAUUGUGUAAGAUGGCAGCAAACCCAAGCACAAACACACCUCUUUUUGACUGCCCGUCAUGGGCAGGGAAACCUCCCCCUGGACUCCAUCUAGAUGUGGUGAAAGGAGACAAGCUAGUAGAGAAGCUAAUCAUAGACGAAAAGAAAUUCUACCUGUUUGGGAGAAACCCAGAUGUGUGUGACUUCACCAUAGACCACCAGUCGUGUUCCCGCGUCCACUCGGCACUCGUCUACCACAGACACCUGAAGAGGGUCUUCCUGAUCGAUCUCAACAGCACUCACGGGACGUUCUUGGGUCGGAUUUGUCUGGAACCGCACAAGCCCCAGCAGGUGCCCAUUGACUCCACCAUGUCUUUUGGGGCGUCCACGCGGGUCUACAUCCUCAGAGAGAAGCCCCAGACCCAGGCUAGCGCCGUACCCGGGGGGGAGGUGAAAGCAGGGGAGGACGAGGAGCUCAAGGGACUGCUGGGUCUACCGGAGGAGGAGACAGAGCUGGAGAACCUGACAGAGUUCAACACGGCCCACAAUAAGCGUAUUUCCACCCUGACCAUCGAGGAGGGCAACCUGGACAUAGUCAGGCCUAAAAGGAAGAGGAGGAGCAGCAAGGUGUCCUUCAGUGAGGAGGAGGAAGUCAUCAACCCAGAGGAUGUGGACCCAUCGGUAGGGCGCUUCAGAAAUAUGGUUCAGACGGCAGUUGUCCCUAUCAAGAAGAGGAAAAUGGAGGGCCAUGUUUCACUGGGCCUGGAGGACUCUGUGGCAAGGCGUAUGCAGAACUUCCCCUUCAGUGGGGGGCUCUAUGGGGACCUCCCACCCACCAGCGGCGAGGCUGGCUCCCAGCCCACUGUGUCCCAGGGGGGAGCCACUAUCCUCGGGGGCUUGCCACUGGUCUUCCCUAACCCUGCACCGGAGGUGGACCUGUCCCCAACAUCUGUCUCAGCACAGGCCCCCGUCACACUCAACCCUGCUAACCCCGCCCCUGGACCCUACACAGCCGAGUCUCUCAACGAACCACGCAAGAAGAAAUACGCCAAGGAGGCGUGGCCUGGGAAAAAACCCACCCCGUCUCUACUUAUAUAGGUCAUAUUCAGAUUGGCACCCUAUUUCCUGGCCAAAUGUAGUGAAUUACAUAGACAAUACGGUACCAUUUAAAAUUUGCACAUAGCCCCUCCCUGGACAAUGUACUGAGAGGGGUUAGUAUUAGGGGAGUGGUCACGUCUCUGGACAACCAAUAAAGACUUUCUGUACUGUACAAGCUGUGACUAAUUUAGCUCUGGUUUCAUGUGGUGUGGAAAGGGAGACGUUUGUAAGAAUGACGUUGUUUUGGUUUGGAUGUGUUUUUUCUUUUCUUGUUUCCUUCAUCUGUUUAUUAUAACUUUUUUUUUUUUUUAUGUAUUGCUCACUUCACUUGGAACUGAGAAGGUUAUGUUGUCUCUAGAUGCUGUUUAAACUAAUUUAACCUAUACUUAUACUGUCUUCUGGAAUCUUACUAAGUAUAACAUAGAUUGAUAAAUUUGGAGAAAAAAAAUGUACGGCUUCAUUUACAUAUUAGUUUUUAAAAAAGGACUUUGUAUUUCAAAAGCUAUUCAAUCUAUUGGUAUGACUGUAACAUUAAAAAUGGAUGGAUAUUUUUGUUUUUCUCCAUACCAAGAGUAAGACGUUAACCAGACAAGUACUGCUAGACGUUUUACUAAUUCAUUGAAGCAAGGCUAGAAAAUAACAAUGCAGAUUGGCUUUUAAGAUACUAGUAAGAGACAAAACUCUAUCUCUGUGUGUGAAACAGUCAUAUUUCUGUUUAUCCUAUUUUUAUUCCAUAAUUCGGCAGUUGGUUUAAACGGAACCUAUUAUUUUCAGCUAUGUAUGAAAUUCAGUUAAGAACGAACAGUUUAAACAAAGUGACAU